UUCUCCGACGCGCCACCAUGACGCACAUCGUUCCGCUUCUCACACUCAUUUUAACAUCAUCCCUCCUGAGCUGGACGGCUGCAGAAGACUCCAUUCUCUGCACCUGGACUAAAGUUUUGCCUAAUAAAGAAGUGCAUUACAGUUUUCUCCGGGGCGACCCCCGGCAGACCUCUCCAUCUCCAUCUCUGCGGCUCUAUCACAGCGCUUGGUCCGGGGAGCGCGCUCUGCUCAGCUGCACUUGGAGCGACGACGCAGCUGUGAUCCAGAACUAUUUCUCUCUGUGCCGGGAGCGCACGCACGAGUUCUCCGAUCAUCCAAAUGAAAGUCUCGAUGUGUACUCCAUGUUGGAGUCAGAGGAGCAGUGCGUCUCUUUGUCUUCUCAAGGGGUCUCAAGGAAGAGGCCAGUGAGGAGCGUUGGUGGACAUCAAGGUCAAGCUGAAAGGUCAGAGGUCAGGACCCAUCAGCGUGUAAAGCGCGGUUUCAUUGUACCAGGGACUCUGUGGUGCGGCUCUGGCAACAAGGCACCAUCAUAUGAAGAUUUGGGAGUUUUCACAGACACCGACAGCUGUUGUCGUGAACACGACCAGUGCAAAGACACCAUCCUGUCCUUUCACUCCAAGUUUGGUGUCUUCAACAGAAACAUCUUCACCAUGUCUCACUGUGACUGUGACAACAAGUUUCACAGUUGUCUGAUGGAGGGGAAUGACAGCAUAUCUGAUGUAGUGGGAUAUACCUUCUUUAACCUGCUGAAGAUGCACUGCUUUGAGUUAUCCCUCCGACUCCAGUGUACAGAGAGAAACUGGUUUGGAAUGUGUAAAGAAACUAAAAUGGCGCUCUAUGCUGAGGUGCAUCCACCCACUCUGUACGAGUCUCCCAAUCCAACAGAAGUCAGCAUGAACGGCUCCAUCAUAAACACCACCAUACCCACAGAGCUGCUGGGGAGCAGUAUGUCUGACUCCAUCGCUGCUGCAGCAUCCACAGUCCCUACACCUUUAACGAGUUCUGCCUCCAUCACCCCUGUUACCAACACCUCCACCUCAGAGGGACCAACAUCUGAGAGGAGGGACGAUCUGAAGAACACUUUACCGACCAAAAAACAAACUCCGUCUGAGCUGGACAUCACAGAGGCGCAGCUGUCAUGUGCCGUCUACAAGGAUCUCGAUGAGUGCAGGAACAAGAUCCUUCCCCAGCGGAAGAGAUACGGCCUCCACAAUCCCGAGGCCAGGACGCUCUACCACUGCAACUGCACCACAAGAUUAUUCCAGACUUUAGCUAAACAGAGGCAACUGACCGAAGUACAGGCUCUUCUGCUCGGACAUGUGUCUCAAUCCUGCUUCCUGCUACAGGACUGCACAGCAGAGAACAUCUGUACAGCAGUUCUGGUGAAAGCAGAGCUUCCGCAGCUGGACCAGAGGAGCAGAGCGGACAUGGAGGAGCAGCACCAUCUACAGGCAAUCAAACUGAAGGUUAGGAGGCCAAACGUGAGGAGAGCUAAGAGGAAAGACAGAGCGGUCAGGCUUCACAAACUGUGUCUCAGGAUGGUCCGGCCCAAACGCAGCCAGAACAAGAGCAGAACACGCGGUCAGGGCGCACAUCGACCAGCUGCAGGAGACCGAGAGCUCGUCUCAGUGUGAAUAUUAUGAAGAGUCAAAGUGUUCACUAUUACAUAGAUAAAUACAUUAUGACCUUCAUCCACAAUAUUUCAAGGGAUAAUAUGUUAAUGUGAGAACACUUACAGUAUCUCCAACAAGAAUUUAAAAUAGAAAACAUAGUAACAGACUUUGGAAUAAAAGGUUGUAAUAAAAAUGAAUUUCUAGACUUUACAUGUUUAUAUAACGUGUUUUUAUCUGCGUCAUAAGAUUAUUUAAUAUUGAACACUCUGGGUUCCCAUUAAAUAUUGUAAUAUUACGUAUUCAUAUUGUCUACAUCCGUUUUGACCAAUUUGUUGGAACAAAUGUACCCACUUUUUUUGGGAUUUAAAAAAAAGAGAACUUUUCCUCAAGUAUAACAAACCCCUUUCAUGUAGAUGUAGAAGUAACAGCCCAGGUAUAUGUUCUUACAGGUGUGCUAGUUAGAGAGUGCUGCUACUAUGCAUUCACUCACUGGAAUACAAUCCUGGGACACUUAAAACAACUGAGGAUCCAUUUAAGUGCUUUUUUGUUAGCAUGGCUGAAGGGAUGUCUGUCUGUGUGACGGAAAUAUCUCAACAACCAUUGGAUGAGUUGCCAUACAAGUGUGUAAUGACAUUCAUUAGCCUCAGCUUUACUUUGUAUUAAUUGCUAUUUGUUGCUAACACGGUUAAACUAAAUGGUGAACAUGGUAAAUACUAUCUGCGAAACAUCGUGUUAGCUUUGUCAUUGUUUGCAUGUUGACAUUUAUCGCAUGGCUCUGCUACAUGGCAAAAUGUCUGCCAUGAAAAGGGUCGAUUGAGUCUGAUAUUAGUGGAACUUUUCCUGAUUUAAAAGGAGGUCAUAGCUUUUUAUGCACCACUAGAUCAAUAGUUUCCGCUGAUUAAAGCCCUGUAAGUCACUGUUAUUGAGGUUUCAACUAUUUGUAAAUAUUUGUACUGUACUGUAUGAGUUGUAUAUAGAUGCACAUUGUGUUAUGAGCUAAACUGUCUGUAAAUCACAUGGUGAAAUAGUUGUUUUAUGAUGUUGGAAGGAAAUGUAUGACUGAUUACAUUUAAAGGAAUAGUUUGACAUUUUGGGAUUUUGAUUUCUUGUUUAUAAAAAAAAACCAUACUUGCACCUUUAAAGCGUAAAAGUGUAAACAAAUACAAUUGCUAUAAGCGAUUAAAAAAAAGAAUCAUUACUUAAAAGAGUCACGCUAGCUGUUUCCCCCUGUUUCCAGUCUUUAUGCUAAGCUAAGCUAAACCUGAAUCUCAUAUUUCACAGACAAACAGUGGUGUCAUAUCUUUCCACCGAACAAAGUGAAUAUAUCUCCAAAAUGAAAUUUUACGCAAUAUUUGCUUUCUGACAAUUAGACUUUAAAUGUUACAUGUGUUUAAUUAUUUAUUGUUUUGUUAUUUUUGGUCUAGUAAAAAGUU